GUGUCGGUGAAGAUCUAUAUUCCCCGCAAAGAGAUCUGAACCCUGCAUCAACAUGGAUCUCGGCACCGCCGCAGCUGCGCUCGCUGGAGGGGCGACCGUAGCGGCAUACCUCAAUGCCAAAUUCCACUUGAAUAAGGAUGUGUCCGCCAUUUGGUCCUUGAAAAAGAGUGAGCGCGCAUUAGCACAAGCUCUCGCAAAGAACCAAGCAAAUGUGUGGUUCGUCUUUCUCGCGGCCGUGAAACGAUACCCGGACAUGGUAGCUCUCUGGACGCGAGAGCGGUCAUAUACCUACCGUGAUCUGCAAGAACAAGCCUGCCAAUACGCACACUUCUUUCUGGCAAAGGGUGUGAAGAAGGGGGAUCUCGUCGGCUUCUUCCUGCAGAACCGAGCGGAGUUUAUAAUCGCAUGGCUUGCGCUUUGGAGUAUUGGGUGUGCACCGGCAGCCAUCAAUCAUAACUUGACCGGCGAUGCAUUGGUUCACUGUCUCAAAAUCAGUGGCGCGAAGCUGACCCUGGUAGAUGAAGAUCCCGUCUGCAUUGCACGUGUGGAGGAGCGGCGGGAUGCGUUGACUGGCGAGCUGGGCAUGGAGCUGUUGACUCUGGACCAGUCGCUAAAGGCCCAUAUCCGCACUUUCCCGACUACUCUGCCACCGAAAGAGCUGGCGCUGGGUAUGAAAGGGGAAUUCCCAUCUAUCCUGCUGUAUACUUCCGGAACGACCGGUAUGCCCAAGGGCUGCGCAUUCACUAUGUCUCGGCUCUACACUACCUUGUCCAUUCGUCGUGAUGCGAUGGGCGAUGUAGUGGGUCCUGAUGGCGACCGCUGGUACAGCUGUAUGCCGUUGUAUCACGGUACCGCAGCAAUGAGUCUGAUCGCAUGUCUAAGUAUGGGUGUCAGUAUCGCACUGGGACCAAAGUUCAGCGUUCGCAAUUUCUGGAAGGAUAUUCGGGACUCGGAGGCUACUGUCUUCGUCUACGUGGGUGAGACGGCUCGAUACCUACUUGCACCCCCUCCGUCGCCCUUGGACCGCAAGCACAAGGUGCGUUGCAUGUAUGGCAAUGGACUUCGCCCGGAUGUUUGGGAACAAUUCCGUGAGCGGUUCGGUGUGCUCGAGGUAGGCGAAUUCUUCAACAGCACGGAAGGUAUUUUUGGCCUCUUCAACUAUAACCGUGGACCAUUCACCGCGGGAAGCGUUGGACAUCAUGGCCUUUUGAUGCGUGGUCUGUUGCAUAAUGUUUUCGUGCCCGUUGCGAUCGAUCCCGAGACGGGUGAUGUUCUUCGAGACCCGAAGACAGGAUUCGCUGUGCGAGCGACAUACGACGAAGGUGGUGAGAUACUUGUCAAUAUUCCAAACAAGGACGCAUUCCAAGGAUACUGGCGCAAUGACUCUGCGACGGAGAAGAAGUAUCUUCGUGAUGCUUUCAAGAAAGGCGACUUGUACUAUCGAUCCGGGGAUGCCCUUCGUCGUCAAGGUGAUGGACGCUGGUAUUUCCUCGACCGACUUGGUGAUACUUUCCGCUGGAAGAGCGAGAACGUUGCCACCGCCGAGGUCUCCGAAGUAAUCGGAAAAUUCCCUGGCGUCCAAGAAGCCAACGUUUACGGCGUCCGCCUCCCCAACCACGAAGGCCGCGCCGGCUGUGCUGCUCUGCAAAUCAGCCCUGAAGCCCGACAGACCUUCGACUACGCCGCCCUCGCACGCCACGCCCGCUCCAAGCUGCCUCGCUAUGCAGUGCCUAUCUUCCUACGUGUAGUCGAUAACCCCACACACAUCCAUAACCAUAAGCAGAAUAAGGUACCGCUGCGUGACGAGGGAGUAGACCCGUCGCUUAUUGGGACCAAGGUGCCGGGUGGUCAGGAUAAUCAAUUCUUGUGGAUUGCGCCUGGGGAUGAGGCGUAUACGCCUUUUGGAAAAGAGGAUUGGGCGAAGAUCGAGGAUGGGAGUGCUCGGUUAUGA